AGACAGAUUUAACAAUCAUAUUUUCUUCUUGACAGGUAACAACUAUUACUGCUGGAUUACCAAUCCUAUUGCGAUGGUUAUUUUCUUUGUCAUUCCUGUUGUCGUAAUGUUGCUCUUUAAUAUUAUCUCACUUGUGAGGGUUUUGGUGGCUGUACGGCGAGUCAGAAAGGUGACGAAAAAGGUUCGAGAUAAAUCAACGACAGGUCAAGACGCUCGAAUGUGUUGGAAACUGACCGCAGUAUUUGGUCUGACCUGGAUAUUGUGCCUCGCAGCAGAGCAUCAUAUUGCGUUGAGGAUAGUUUACAUCAUCUUUAAUUCCUUACAAGGUGUGUUCAUAAUGGUUGGAUUCAUCAUGACAAAGAGAGUUCUGAAUAUGUACUUGAAGAAGGCAGGCAGAGAGCCGCUGACUACAACCACAGCGUCGACUCAGAAAUCUACCAUAUCUCGAUCCGAGGUGACCCGGCAAACGAGCCUAGCUCCGCUGGUAGAUCGGAAAUCUUCGCAGAAAUCGCACUCGCCGAGGUGUAAGGAGAAAAAUGUAAAAGUUACGACGAACGAGGACUCCCCCGAAGCUCAGCUUAUCUCAAGUAUGGAAGGACAAGAGACCAAAGUUUAAAUUAGACACUAUAAAUUAUAUAUGUCGAAUAUAAUGAUACAAGAUAUAGAUAAUAGUUUGUUAAAAACAGACAGAAAAAAUGAAUAUAGUUGCAAUUAAUGGUUGCUGUUCAGCCAUGAGAUGUAUUGCAACAGAUCUCAACACAGCUGGCGUCAAAGACUUAAUCUCUCUGUGGUUUACUUAAUCAUUUGGGAUCAAUUGCUGUCAGUCUUUGCCUCGCUUAUAGUGUUUACGCGAUAAAUAAUAAAGAAAUAUGUUUGUGCUUGUAUAAAUAGUAAAUUUAGGAUAGUCGGUUUUCGACCGUCCAUAACAUACAAUGUGAAUAAUGUAUAUCAUUAAAUACAUAGAUUUUGA